UUUCUUUUCUUUCAGUUGCAGAGCUAUUUUGCUGCAUGUGAAGAUGAGACCCCCGCCAUCCGGAAUCACGACAAGGUCCUGCAACGUCUGUGUGAGCACCUGGACCAUGCCCUGCUGUACGGACUGCAGGACCUGUCAUCCGGCUACUGGGUGCUCGUGGUACAUUUCACCCGGAGAGAGGCUAUCAAGCAGAUCGAGGUGCUGCAGCAUGUGGCCACCAACCUGGGGCGCAGCCGGGCCUGGCUGUACCUGGCCCUCAACGAGAACUCUUUGGAGAGCUACCUGCGGCUGUUCCAGGAGAACCUGGCUCUGCUGCAUAAAUACUAUGUCAAGAACGCCCUGGUCUGCAGCCACGAUCACCUGACCCUCUUCCUGACCUUGGUGUCCGGGCUGGAGUUCAUCCGCUUCGACCUGGAGCUGGAUGCCCCGUACUUAGACCUGGCUCCCUACAUGCCUGACUACUAUAAACCUCAGUACCUGCUGGACUUUGAAGACCGCCUUCCCAGCUCAGUCCAUGGCUCGGACAGCCUGUCCCUCAACUCCUUCAACUCCGUCACCUCCACCAACCUGGAAUGGGAUGACAGUGCAAUUGCCCCAUCUAGUGAGGAUUAUGAUUUUGGAGAUGUGUUUCCAGCAGUGCCGUCCAUACCCAGCACAGACUGGGAAGAUGGAGACCUCACGGACACUGUCAGUGGCCCCCGCUCCACUGCGUCAGACCUGACCAGCAGCAAGGCCUCCACCAAGAGCCCCACCCAGCGCCACAACCCCUUCAACGAGGAGCAAGCAGAGCCCGCGUCCUCCUCCGACACCACUCCUGUGCACACUACCUCCCAGGAGAAGGGGGAGGCCCAGGCCCCGGACCUGCCAGACGCCUGCACAGAGCUCGAGGUCAUCAGGGUCACCAAGAAGAAGAAAGCUGGCAAGAAGAAGAAGACCAGGUCGGAUGAGGAGGCCAGUCCGCUCCACCCCACCUCUGGCCAGCAGAAGGGUGCCAAGCAGGGGGAUGGUGACAGCCUUGUCGGCAGCCCAGGCCCUGGGCGGGACUCCCCAGACCCUUCCCUUCCUUCUCCCAAGGAGGAGGGGCAGGGGCCCUGCAGCUCCGUGGAAAGCAGCGAGCGCCCCGAGCUCAGCCAGAUGGGCUUGCUGAUCCCCGAGAUGAAGGACACGUCUAUGGAGCGCUUGGGACAGCCCCUGAGUAAGGUCAUCGACCAGCUCAACGGGCAGUUAGACCCCAGCACCUGGCCUGCCCACGUCGAGCUUCCAGACCAGUCCUUUCGGACCGGCUCUCCCGGGGAAGCCCCGGAGAAGCCGCCACUUUGCGACUUUAGUGAGGGGCUUCCAGCCCCGAUGGACUUCUACCGCUUUACCGUUGAGAGUCCAAGCACUGUUGCAUCAGGUGGCAGCCACCAUGACUCUGCAGGGCCUGGCCAACCGCUACAUGUUCCUGGUGGCCCUGCGACUGCUGGCCAAGAAGAAGAGGGAGGAGGAGAGGGACAGACACCUCGGCUCAUAGAGGACACCCCAGGGGAGGCUCAGGAGCUGGAGACCCAGCUGCCCCUGGUCAGCGAGGGGCCCAUGCCUGAGCCAGAGGCUGGGACACAGGAGGCUCUGUGCCAGCUCAAGCAGGACCAGCCCAGCCCGUGUCCGAGCAGUGCUGAGGACUCCGGGGUGGAGGAGGGCCAGGGCAGCCCUUCUGAGAUGAUCCAUCCGUCAGAGUUCAGGGUAGACAACAAUCACCUCCUCUUGCUGAUGAUCCACGUGUUUCGAGAAAACGAGGAGCAGCUGUUCAAAAUGAUGCGGAUGAGCACGGGGCACAUGGAGGGCAACCUGCAGCUGCUGUACGUGCUGCUCACCGACUGCUACGUCUACCUGCUCCGGAAAGGGGCCACAGAGAAGCCAUACCUGGUGGAAGAGGCCGUUUCUUACAAUGAACUUGACUAUGUGUCGGUCGGCCUUGACCAGCAGACAGUGAGGCUGGUGUGCACCAACCGCAGGAAGCAGUUUCUGCUGGACACGGCGGAUGCGGCCCUGGCCGAGUUCUUCUUGGCGUCUUUGAAGUCAGCCAUGAUCAAAGGCUGUCGGGAACCACCCUACCCCAGCAUCCUGACAGAUGCCACCAUGGAGAAGCUGGCACUGGCCAAGUUUGUGGCUCAGGAGUCUAAGUGUGAGGCAUCUGCUGUCACCGUGCACUUCUACGGGCUCGUGCACUGGGAGGACCCCAUGGAGGAGUCCCUGGGCCCUGUCCCCUGCCUCUGCUCGCCCCCAGAGGGCACUAUCACUAAAGAAGGGAUGCUGCAUUACAAGGCAGGCACCUCCUACCUGGGCAAGGAACACUGGAAGACCUGCUUCGUGGUGCUCAGCAACGGGAUCCUGUACCAGUACCCCGACCGCACGGAUGUCGUGCCCCUGCUCUCGGUGAACAUGGGGGGGGAGCAAUGCGGUGGCUGCCGGAGAUCCAACACCACGGACCGGCCCCACGCCUUCCAGGUCAUCCUCACUGACCGGCCCUGCCUGGAGCUGAGCGCAGAGAACGAGGUUGAGAUGGCCGACUGGAUGCAGCACCUCUGCCAGGCCGUGUCCAAGGGGGUCAUCCCCCAGGGGGUAGCUCCUAGCCCCUGCAUCCCCUGCUGCCUGGUGAUCGCGGAUGACCGCCUCUUCACCUGCCAUGAGGAUUGCCAGACCAGCUUCUUCCGCUCCCUGGGCACGGCCAGGCUGGCCGACAUCUGCGCCAUCUCCCUGGAACCGGGCAGGGAGUACUGUGUCUUGGAGUUCUCCCAGGAGAGCCAUCAGCUCCUCCCGCCCUGGGUCAUCUACCUGAGCUGCACUUCUGAGCUGGAGCGGUUCCUGUCUGCACUGAGCUCUGGGUGGAAAACCAUCUACCAGGUGGAUCUCCCCCACAAGGCAAUCCAAGAAGCCUCCAACAAGAAGAAAUUCGAGGAUGCUCUGAGCCUCAUCCACAGUGCCUGGCAGCGGAGUGACAGCCUUUGCCGUGGCAGAGCCUCCCGGGACCCCUGGUGCUGAGGCGGAGCUGGCGGGCACCCCUGGUGGGGAGAAAGGAGGCACAUUGGCCAGCAGGCACCCCAUCAUGCUGCGUCACCGUCACUGUGCCGCUCGGAGCCAGGCUUCCACGCCCUUCACAGCCUGCCUCUGCCCCGGGCAGCACAGCGCCACGUGUGGCUCAGACGGGGUUCAGAGCGGUGCACAGCGCCCCGGGCAUUCUGCCCAAAAGGAGCGACGAGACUGCUGGGGCCGAGGGCCGAGCCCUGUGGGCUGCAGGUGCUCGCCCUCGGCCAGGCCACCGCCUCAGCCCACGCCUUCAGGAAGAGAAGGCGCUGAGAAGAGUAUCCAUCUAAGGGGGAGCUAAGGACUAGGAGGGUGGGAGCCCCCUUUCCUCUCCUGGGUCAGGGGCCCAGCAGAGACUCAGAGCCACCAGAGGGCCCUGAGUGCCGGCUAUUGUUCGUUUUGGAACAUGCUUCGGGCUGUGCAGGGAAGCCAGACCACUAGGUGUGUGCAUGCUUCCUCCUGCCUUCCACCUGUGGCACAGCUGCCACCUGGCCCGAGCCCAGGGUUCGGCUGCGGUGAGGCAGCUCUCCCCUGCUGCCAGGAGGCCCUGCAUGCCCACAGCCCUGCCCCUGCCUUUCCCCACAGCCCAGCAGUGCCUGGAGGACCCAGGAAUCAGCCACUUCCUUUGCCAGGAGCAGAGGGGAGGCAAGGACGGGUUGGAGAGGAGCAGAGCCUGCCAGCCUGGGGACACACUGUCUCCUGACCCCUGCUUGGCCGCAGCCGCACCCUCCCUGAGCGCGUUGUCAGCCCUCUGGGGAAGGCGUCAAGUGGUCUGGGUUUUUGUUUUUUUAAAAUAAAAUAGACAUGUUAUAUUGCCAA